UCUUUCACUCUGGAAAAAGUACUAUGAAGGUGUCAUCUGGGUCUUACCGUUCCCAAUUGAAGACACUGUCACAGUGAGCUCAGUUCCUAAGUUGAAGAUCACAAUUCACAGCUCAUAGCUCACAGCUCACGCCUAUGGCUUACCUGGAAAGGCAUAGACUUUGAUUGAAUGGGGAAAAAAAUGAAAGUAACCCAUUAGGCUGAAAAGCUUGAAAACUAACUUAGACCCCCAGAAAAAAAGAGAUAAAGUGUAAAAUGGAAAGUGAAGAGAGCAGCCAAUUGCGUGCUUCAGGAUCUAGACACACGCGUUCUCAGGCAGCUCCAGAGUGGACUGUAAAGGGUGCCCUCAUUCUUGCAAAUGAGUAUGCAGCUGUUGAAGCAGAUUGUUCAGAUGCUUUGUCUAGCUACCAGAAGUGGAAGAUAAUAGCUGAAAACUGCACUGCUUUAGAUGUACCGCGAACUUUGAAUCAGUGCCGGAGGAAGUGGGACUCCUUGGCUGCUGAGUAUGGCAAGAUCAAGAAGUGGGAGUUGCGGUCCAGGAGUGGUUCGUAUUGGUCUCUGGAAAGUGAAAGGAGAAGAAAAUUUGGGCUUCCAGAGGAUUUUGACUACGAGCUGUUCAAAGCAGUUGAUGAUUUCAUGAGUGCAAGGGAGAACCGAUCGGAUACUGAGCCAGAAAGUGACCCAGAAGCAAAGGCAGAGAUGGCUGAUGUAGUUGAAGAACUAGGGUCCAAGAGGCAAAGACGGCGGUUCACAUCUCAGAAAAGUUGGCUGGAAGGAAAGCCACUGAAAUGCCGCAUAAAGGAAGAGCCUUCAAGAAGGUCCACGGAGGAAAAGCCUCAGAAAAGACGCCUUGAAGAUCCUGUGAAUAGCCUAACAGAAGAAAAUCCUCAGAAAAGCUGCAUUAAAGGAAAGCAUCAAAAAGGCCAUGUAGAAGAACCUGUGGAGAACCCUCUAGAAGAAAAGCCUAAGAGAAGUCAUGGUAAAGGAGAGACUCGGAGAAGUCAUGUGGAAGAAGAGGAGACAAUCGGUACAGAAGCAAAAGAGCAAAUGAUGGUUAUGAAAUUGCAGGAGAAUGCAGAACUGAUCAAUGCCAUUGUUUCUGAAAAUGUCGACUUAGGGGCUGCCAAUGUGAGUAAUGUGGAGGACUACCGAACUGAUUUUGUAAGACGUCAAGGGGACAAGCUUAUUGCAUGCCUCAGAGACAUUGUAAACACCCUUGAUCAGCUCCACGGUCACGUUCAAGAAUGUGAAUAAUUGUUAGCUUUCCUUAAUUUCCUUUUGAUUAGUGAACUUGACCUUUUAAUUAAGAAAAUGAUGUGAAGAACAAAAUCAGCGUGAAUUUUCCCCCUUCUAGCAUGCUAAUCUAUGUAAUGUAGUUCAAAAGUGGUAGUUAAUCUGCAGAAAGUUUAUAAUGUUACGGGGUGUUUAUAUGCCCAAAGGUUAAAAAAAAGUUCCAUG